AUGACACACCAGAGGAUUCACACAGGAGAGAAACCCUUUGAAUGUCCUGACAGCGGGAAAAGUUUCAGUGAGAAUUCCAGCCUGAUGACACACCAGAGGAUUCACACAGGAGAGAAGCCCUUUGAAUGUCCUGACUGCGGGAAAAGUUUCAGUGAGAAUUCCAGCCUGGUGAGACACCAGAGGAUUCACACAGGAGAGAAGCCCUUUGAAUGUCCUGAUUGCGGGAAAAGUUUCAGUACAAAUUGCAGCCUGGUGAGACACCAGACAAUUCACACAGGAGAAAAACCCUUUAAAUGUACUGAUUGCGGGAAAAGUUUCAGUUUGUAUUCCAGCCUGGUGGGACACCAGAAGAUUCACACAGGAAAGAAACCCUUUGAAUGUCUUGUUUGUGGGAAAGGUUUCAGUACAAAUUCCAGCCUGGUGAGACACCAGAGGAUUCACACAGGAGAGAAGCCCUUUGAAUGUCCUGACUGCGGGAAAAGUUUCAGUGAGAAUUCCAGCCUCGUGACACACCAGAGGAUUCACACAGGAGAGAAGCCCUUUGAAUGUCCUGACUGCGGGAGAAGUUUCAGUGAGAAUUCCAGCCUGGUGAGACACCAGAGGAUUCACACAGGAGAGAAGCCCUUUGAAUGUCCUGACUGCGGGAAAAGUUUCAGUACAAAUUCCAUCCUGGUGACACACCAGAGGACUCACACAGGAGAGAAGCCCUUUGAAUGUCCUGACUGCGGGAAAAGUUUCAGUACAAAUUCCAGCCUGGUGACACACCAGAGGACACACACAGGAGAGAAGCCCUUUGAAUGUCCUGACUGUGGGAAAAGUUUCAGUGAGAAUUCCAACCUGGUGAAACACCAGAGGACUCACAAAGGAGAAAAACCCUUUAAAUGUCCUGAUUGCGGGAAAAGUUUCAGUUUGUAUUCCAGCCUGGUGGGACACCAGAAGAUUCACACAGGAAAGAAACCCUUUGAUUGUCUUGUUUGUGGGAAAGGUUUCAGUAAAAAUUCCAGCCUGGUGACACACCAGAGGAUUCACACAGGAGAGAAGCCCUUUGAAUGUCCUGACUGUGGGAAGACUUUCAGUCAGAAUUCCAGCCUCGUGACACACCAGAGGAUUCAUACAGGAGAGAAACCCUUUGAAUGUCCUGACUGCGGGAAAAGUUUCAGUACAAAUUCCAGCCUGGUGACACACCAGAGGAUUCACACAGGAGAGAAGCCCUUUGAAUGUCCUGACUGCGGGAAAAGUUUUAGUACAAAUUCCAGCCUGGUGACACACCAGAGGUUUCACACAGGAGAGAAGCCCUUUGAAUGUCCUGACUGCGGGAAAAGUUUCAGUACAAAUUCCAGCCUGGUGACACACCAGAGGAUUCACACGGGAGAAAAACUCUUUGAAUGUCCUGAUUGCGGGAAAAGUUUCUAUGAUGAUUCCAGCCUGGUGAAACACCAGAGGAUUCACACAGGAGAGAAGCCCUUUGAAUGUCCUGACUGCGGGAAAAGUUUCUAUGAUAAUUCCAGCCUGGUGAAACACCAGAGGAUUCACACAGGAGAGAAGCCCUUUGAAUGUCUUGAUUGCAGGAAAAGUUUCAGUCAGUGUUCCAGUCUGGUGAUACACCAGAGGACACACACAGGAGAAAAGCCCUUUGAAUGUCUUUUUUGUGGGAAAGGUUUCAGUGAGAAUUCCAACCUGGUGAAACACCAGAGGACUCACACAGGAGAGAAACCCUUUGAAUGUCCUGACUGUGGGAAAAGUUUCAAUCGGAGUUCCAACCUGGUGAGACAUCAGAGAACUCAACACAGGAGAGAAACUCUAUGAGUGUCCCGUUUUGGAAAUAGUUUCUGUUGGAAUUCCAGAGUGGUGAUACACCUAAGAACUCACACAGGAGAGAAACCAUAGGAGUGUAUCAAGUCCGCAGCGUAUGAAUCCUAUUCGGAAGAGGCUCAGAGUGACACCUCCUUAAUUGACAGGAGUAUAAGAACAGGGAUUAGGUUAUAAAGAAGAUAAUUUGCAUGUUUUUUCACUGAUAAAGAAAAACACAAAUCAACUUAUCAAAACCGAACUGCAACUGACAGGUUAGGAAUGCAAAUUAGAAUAUGGAAAAAUAAGGCAAGAGAACAGCUGUCAGCUCUAGACCAAUUCAAAUCACUGGGUUUGGACAGGCUACAUCCCAGAGUUCUGAAGGAACCAGCAAAGGUGAUUUCAGAACCACUGAAACAUGUUUCAAAGUCCUUGGAACACGGGAGUACUUUAGUUGAGUACCUCAACUUACGAGAGUUUGCUUAGUGACCGAAGUUACAAUGACACUGAAUAAAGAGUUAUGAUCAUUUUUCACACAUGGCCGUUGUAGCAUCCCCCCAUGGUUGUGUGAUUUAUGUUCAGAUGCUUGACAAAUGACUUAUAAUGGAUCCAGUGUCACAGUCAUGUCAUUCCCUUUUGUGACCUGCUGAGUGGCAAAGUCAAUGGGGAAACCUGAUUCCCUUAACAACAGUGUUACUCAGGAGGGGGCUGCAGGGGGUUCUCAGGUUUUCGGGAGAGCCCGUAGCUAAGAUUCUGUGCAGUUCAGAGAA